AACCGAUGAGUGAAUCAUGUCAGUAACAGAGUUCCUCUUAACAAACUUUAAAAUAGGAUAAUCAGGCAGACUGUUUUUCAGUUAUAACUGAAAUCUGGGACAUGGCAUACUACCAGCAACAGCCCUUUUACAACCCUCAAAUCCCUUUUACUGGCUCAAUCCAAGGAGGACUGCAGGAUGGCAAGUGUAUCACUGUCUGUGGACAAGCUUUACCAGGAGCCAACAGGUUCCAUGUGAAUCUCCAGUGUGGUUCCAGACCGGAUGCUAAUGUUGCCCUGCACUUUAACCCACGUUAUGACCGCAGUUCAGGAUACAUAGUAGCCAACACCAAGCAGAAUAACUGCUGGGGUACGGAGGAACACAUAUACCAGGCCCUGUUCCCCAUGGGAAGCCCCUUCAACCUGCAGAUCCUGGUUACAAGCCACUCAUACAAGAUCAGUGCCAAUGGCAUACAUAUCAUGGAUUACAAGCACCGUAUCCCAUUCAACAUGGUGGACACUAUCACAGUGGAUGGGAUGGUGGAGGUUAAUACCAUCGGUUUCCAGGAGCCUGUGGGUCCUUCAUUUGCUGCCCAAGCAAACUAUGGCCCUUCAUUUGGUGCCCAAGCAAACUAUAGUGUGCCAUACAAAACCAACAUCAAUGGUGGAUUGUGGCCUGGCAGAAACAUUUCCAUCCAAGGGGUAGUUAAUCCUCAUGCUUCCAGAUUCGAGAUCAACCUGCGUCACAAAAAUGGGAUUGCCUUUCACUAUAAUCCUCGCUUUGGUGAGAACUUGGUUGUGCGCAAUACCCAAACAGUGGGGCAGUGGGGCUCAGAGGAGCGCUCUGGAGAAAUGCCGUUUCACAGGGGACAAAACUUCCAGAUCAUCCUCUCCUGCAAUCCUCAGCAUUACAACGUGUUUGUCAAUGGUAACCAAGUGCAUACCUACAUCCACCGCUUCACCAACCUGUCUGAGAUUGAUGUUCUGGAGGUGUCUGGUGACCUGAGCUUGAUUGAUGUAAAUGUUUAGCUAAAUCUUUUAGCUUGGAUUUUUAGUGUGAUAUUUUCUCUGGCACAAUUUAUAUAUUUUUUUUUACUAAGUCACAGUUUGUUACAUUUCAUCUGUAAACAGUGAACUGAAAAAAGUUAACUGGUGGCUUUCAAAUUAGAGCAACUCUAUAAUCAUGGCCAUAUUGUGUGUUUUUUUUUUUCUUCAGUCUGAAAAAAAUUCUAAUAAACUACUGUCAUCA